AUGGAGGGAAGAGCUCAGAAAAAGAUUCCAGAGCCAGGGCCAGGAAUUGGUGAUGGGGUUCUGGUGUUUGCAGUGAAUGGACUGAAGUUUGAGGUUCCCAGUAUUGAUCCUUCUACUACUUUGCUUGAGUUCUUGCGGUGUCAGACUCCUUUCAAAAGUGUCAAGCUUGGGUGUGGUGAAGGUGGUUGUGGUGCAUGUGUGGUUAUGGUGUCAAAGUAUGAUCCAGUUCUUGACCAAGUCGAAGAAUAUAGUGUGAGUUCAUGUCUAACCCUUCUUUGCAGUCUAAAUGGUUGUUCAAUUACUACUAGUGAAGGCCUCGGAAAUAGUAAAGAUGGUUUCCAUCCAAUUCAUCAAAGAUUUGCAGGAUUCCAUGCUUCACAAUGUGGCUUUUGCACACCAGGAAUGUGCAUGUCAUUUUUUUCAGCACUCACAAAUGCCAAAAAGUUGCUGAGACCUGAACCUCCAGUAGGAUUUUCCAAGCUUACCAUUUCUGAAGCAGAAACGGCUGUGGUUGGAAAUCUUUGUCGUUGUACUGGAUAUCGACCCGUAGCUGAUGCCUGCAAAAGUUUUGCUUCAAAUGUUGAUUUGGAGGACUUAGGACUCAAUGUUUUCUGGAGAACCGGGGAGCCAAAGGAAGUUAUGUUAAGUAAAUUACCAUCGUAUGAUCCAAGUCUAACUGUCAACGAAUAUCCUGACUUUUUGAAAGACAGGUUAAAAUUAGCUGUGAAACUGGACUCCAACAAUUAUUCAUGGCAUAGUCCUACUAGUCUUGCAGAGCUCAGAAGCUUUUUGAAUACCAACCUUGUUGAUGAUGGUUCAUCGAUUAAGCUACUUGUUGGUAACACAGGAAUAGGUUAUUACAAGGACCUUCAGCACUAUGACAAGUACAUUGAUCUGAGACAUAUUCCUGAACUUUCAAUUAUAAGAAGAAACCAUGGAGGGAUUGAAAUUGGAGCUGCUGUCACAAUCGCGAGACUUAUUUCAUACCUUAAAGAUGAUAAUGCAAAUUUUCCCUCCAACUGUACACUGGUAUUCAGAAAAAUUGCUGACCAUAUGGAGAAAAUUGCGUCGGGGUUUGUAAGAAACUCAGCUAGUAUUGGUGGGAAUUUGGUGAUGGCACAAAGGAAAAAUUUUCCUUCAGAUAUAGCUACUCUACUUCUUGCAGUAGAUUCUACUGUUAGUAUAGCUACAUGUGACAGGCAUGAAGUUGUUACAUUGGAAGACUUGUUGGCAAGGGCACCCAUUGGCUCAAGAAGUGUCCUUCUCGGUGUACAAGUUCCGUUUCCGGAUCCAAAAAGAAAGGAAAUCAUCCAUGCAUCUGAUUCCAAAUUGUACUUUGAGACCUUCCGUGCUGCCCCCAGACCUCUGGGAAAUGCGUUGCCUUAUCUGAAUGCUGCUUUCUUUGCCGAUGCGUCUCCUCACGUAAAUGGUGUAAUUAUGAAUGAUAUCAAGUUGGCUUAUGGUGCUUUUGGUACUAAACAUGCAACCAGAGCAAGAAAAGUUGAGGAAUAUCUUUCAGGAAAAUUACUUACUAUUAAUGUUUUAUAUGAAGCCAUAAAAUUAGUCAAAACAGAGAUAAUACCCGAAUCUGGCAGUUCACAUGCUGCUUACCGGAUAAGUGUGGCUGUCAGUUUCCUCUUUCAGUUUCUUUCCCCGUUUCUCGAUGCUGGUUCUCCUGUUUCGGAUGGUUUAUCUAAUGGAAUCACAGGCAGUGUAUUAAACUCUUGUUUGGAAAACAAUGGUGAAUUUUCCAAUGGUCGAAUGGAAAAUUUAUCAUUAUUAUCACCUGCAAAGCAAAAAGUGAAAUCAGUUAGAGACUACCACCCAGUGGGAGAACCAAUAGUGAAGACUGCUGCUGCCAUCCAAUCUUCAGGGGAAGCUGUAUAUGUUGAUGACAUUCCGUCGCCUACGAACUGCCUACAUGGAGCAUUUAUAUAUAGUACAAAACCAUUGGCAAGGGUCAAAAGUGUAGAUUUCAAGUCAGACUCUCAACAGCAUGGAGUUACCGCUGUUAUUUCUUAUACAGAUAUUCCAGAAGUAGGGGAAAAUGUUGGGUCCAAAACCAUUUUUGGUUUUGAACCUCUAUUUGCUGAUGACCUCACCAGGUGUGCUGGUGAACGAAUUGCAUUUGUGGUGGCAGAAACACAAAAGUCAGCAGACAUUGUAGCAAGCUCAGCUGUGGUGACUUAUGACACUGAGAAUCUAGAUCCACCAAUUUUGUCUGUCGAAGAAGCGGUUGAGAGAUCAAGUUUUUUUGACGUUCCUCCUUUCUUGUAUCCGAAGCAUAUCGGUGACUUCUCGAAAGGAAUGGCUGAAGCUGAUCAUAAGAUUACUUCUGGUGAGGUCAGAAUUGGGUCCCAAUACUAUUUCUACAUGGAGACGCAAACUGCUCUGGCAGUUCCUGAUGAAGACAAUUGCAUGGUGGUUUAUAGUUCAAUCCAGUGUCCAGAAUAUCUUCACAGUGUAAUAGCAAAAUGUCUCGGCAUUCCUGAGCAUAAUGUACGUGUGGUUACUAGAAGGGUUGGUGGAGGCUUUGGGGGCAAGGCAAUAAGAGCAAUGCCUGUUGCUACAGCAUGUGCACUUGCAGCGCACAAAUUACGGCGUCCUGUCAGGAUAUAUCUCAACCGCAAGACUGACAUGAUAAUUACUGGCGGAAGACAUCCGAUGAAAAUAACUUACAGUGUUGGAUUCAAAACGAAUGGAAAAGUUACUGCACUACACCUUGAUAUAUUAAUUGAUGCCGGGGUCUUUGUGGAUAUAAGCCCAGUGAUGCCUUUGAACAUAAGUAAUCCCCUUAAAAAAUACAACUGGGGAGCUUUGUCUUUUGAUUUCAAAGUCUGUAAGACAAAUCAUUCAUCCAAAUCAGCUAUGCGAGCUCCCGGAGAGGUGCAAGGAUCCUUUAUAGCUGAAGCUAUAAUAGAACAUGUUGCUUCAGCACUUUCAAUGGAGGUUGAUGCUGUCAGGAAUGUUAAUCUUCACACAUUUGAAACCCUGGGUGUUUUCUAUGGGGGAGCUGCAGGUGAAGCACCAGAAUAUACUUUACCUGACAUAUGGGAUAAAUUGGGUCUAUCUUCAUCUUUAACACAACGAAUGGAAGUGAUAGAGCAGUUCAAUAGGGGUAGCACCUGGCGGAAAAGAGGCAUCUCAAGGGUUCCCAUUGUGCACGGAGUGAUGGUGAGACCAACUCCAGGAAAAGUUAGCAUUCUUUCAGAUGGGUCUAUUGUAGUAGAAGUUGGAGGAGUGGAGUUGGGGCAGGGGCUGUGGACUAAGGUGAAACAGAUGACUGCAUAUGCUCUCAGUUCAAUUGGAUGUGAUGGAACUGAAAACCUUGUGGAAAGAGUACGAGUAAUACAAUCAGACACCUUGAGCUUAGUGCAAGGUGGUUUUACGGCUGGCAGCACAACAUCCGAAUCUAGCUGUGAAGCUGUCAGAUUAUGCUGCAACACUUUAGUUGAAAGAUUGUGCCCACUUAAAAGUAAGUUGCAGGAGCAAAAGGGUUCUGUUCAUUGGGAUUUCCUCAUACUUCAGGCUCAUUCUCAAGCGGUAAACAUGGCAGCACACUCGUACUUUGUGCCCGCAUCUGAUUCCAUGGAGUAUCUAAACUAUGGUGCUGCUGUCAGCGAGGUUGAGAUAAAUGUUCUUACAGGAGAAACUAGCAUUCUAAGAACAGAUAUCAUCUAUGAUUGUGGGCAGAGCAUGAACCCUGCAGUUGAUUUGGGACAGAUUGAAGGAGCUUUUGUCCAAGGAAUUGGGUUCUUCAUGCUCGAAGAGUACCUUGUCAAUAAAGAUGGAUUGAUGAUUUCGGACAGCACAUGGACAUACAAGAUCCCAACUAUCGAUACCAUACCAAAGCAGUUCAAUGUUGAGGUGCUCAGUAGUGGACAUCACAAGAAACGUGUCCUUUCAUCUAAAGCCUCCGGCGAACCGCCAUUGCUUCUGGCAGCAUCGGUGCAUUGUGCAACAAGGGCAGCGAUUAAGGAAGCCAGGAAACAGCUAAAAUCAUGGGGAAAGCUUGAUGGGACGGAUUUAACAUUCCAGUUGGAUGUCCCGGCUAUUCUGCCCGUGGUGAAGAACCUCUGUGGCUUAGAUUGCGUCGAGAGGUACCUGGAAGGUUUGCUUACUGAUUCGUGAAGCCCUCAUUAAUGAACCCUGAAGCUGCGAAUCUCACGAAUUUCGGGCAUAGAAGUGAUGGCCGAUAAUUGGUGAGCUAAUCAAAGAGAAUGCAUGUAUAUUAUGUAAUUGAAGAUUGAAGUUGAAAGCAUGGCUCCAUCAUGAUGUAAUUAGUGUAUCCUAUCAGCGCUAUGUAAUAAUAUAGCAAUAUGCCUCCUUUACUUGUACCC